AUGUACUCGAGGCCAAACUCUGCCUGCUCUCAACCCCAAGGUCCUACCUUGUACAGCAACGCGCCCGCCAACAUGAUGACGCCCAUGGCUUCUCCCCAGCCUUUAACACAAAAGCCCACCAUCAUGGUUGAGACUGAGAUCCGUGACGGCGAUAUGUACUAUCCCGCCACGCCGCCCCUGUCCACCUCGGGCAGCGUCGUUGGAAGCCCAAACAGUGCCGAUGUCCUCCAGACACCCAUGAACCCCAUGUUCUCCGGGCUCGAUGGUGUCAACGGUUUGAAGGAGGCAUUCCAGCCCACCAACGCCUUUGCCGUUGAUUGGGCUCACGCAGCCUCGCCGCCUUUGUCUCCAUUGUACUUGGCCCAGGCGCAGUCUUCUGAGCACGCCCUGCUGAACUCAACCAACCCCGCCAACCUCGUCUCCUCCGCCUGCCCUUCGCUCUCCCCUUCCCCGUCCCCAUAUGCCAGGUCUGUCUCGUCUGAGCAGGAUGUUGACUUCUGCGAUCCCCGCAACCUGACCGUCACUGCGGCCCCCGCGCUCGCCGCGGAUUUGACCACGUUCAAGAGUGAGGAUGCUUCCGACGCUUCCCCGAGCGUAGCUUCCACCGAGUCCCAGACGUCCUUCGACUUCAGUGCCGGUCUCCCCGACAGCCUAGAUAGCUUUGAGGUGCUUUCCGACCUCGAGGUCGACGCCGAAUUCAAUGGUCUCAUCAAUAUCGAGCAGGUCGCGGCUGUUGGUGACUGCGGACGUCCUAGGGCAGCCACUGGCUCCAGCGUCGUCUCCUUUGGCCACGGCAGCUUCAUUGGUGACGAGGAGUUGAGCUUCCAGGAGAGCGAUACCUUUCCUUUCCCCACGCUGAACGCUUCUAAUCUCGACGCGGAUUGCGAUUCCCACCGUAACAAGCGAGUCAAGAAGUGCGACUCCAUGGGAGAAUGCAAGGUCUCCUCUCCCAUCUCCAGCCAGUGUUCCGAGACAGAGCAGGACUCUUUCUCGGCCAGGGCCCAGUCGGUUGAGAGCGGAUGCAGCGAUGGCCAUGCCGUCGCGAACCCCGCGCCCGCGAACAGGAGGGGCCGCAAGCAGUCGUUGACUGAAGACCCCAGCAAGACGUUUGUCUGCGAAUUGUGCAACCGCAGGUUCCGCCGACAGGAGCACCUCAAGAGGCACUACCGGUCCCUCCAUACCCAAGACAAGCCUUUUGAAUGCAACGAAUGUGGCAAGAAGUUCUCCCGGAGCGAUAACCUCGCUCAACACGCCCGCACCCAUGGCAGCGGUGCCAUUGUCAUGGAUCUCAUCGAGGACCACGAAGCGCAUCUCUACAACAGCGCCCUCAUUGGGGAGAGCUUUAACCCAAUGGGCAAAGUCCUCUUCCAGGUGGCUGAGCUUCCCGGUGGCGCCACCGAGAUGUCUUCUGAAGACGACGAUAGCAAGAGGAAGAGGAAGCGAACCGACUAA